AUUGUAGCUUUUGAGCUUGAUAUGAAUCCAAUAAAAGCAAAGAUCCAACAUAUCCAUAUCAAGUUAUGAUGACAUCAACAGAAUGGAUCCAAGAAAUCAGACGUUCCUUAGCUCAACGCACGAGUUAACAUAUCCAAGGUUUGCUCGACUUAUUAUUUAAUUAUUCCAAUAUCCGGUUUUACACAGGUGUAAUGUUAUAUUCUACGAUAUAUUCAAUGAUGACGAUAUAAAAAUUUAAAUAUAAAAUUAUAUAAAACGUCUAUACACUUCACUAAUAGCCUUUAUUGUUAGUAAGAAAGUCUGUGAGAGCACAAUAAAAAUUAUAAGAUAUUAUUUAGUUUUAUUAUUGAAUAAAUAAAAAAUAUGACUCAACAAAAUUUCAUCACAUCCAGUUUAAGUUGUUUUAUGAAGAUGAAGAACAAAAUGGCAAAUAAAAAGAAAAAAACUCCUGUCGACGAUGCUAAUCCUAUAAGCAAAUUAUUUUUUUGGUGGACAAUGAAAUUAUUUAUAAAAGGAUCUAAAAGAGGUCUAACAAUGGAUGAUAUAUGGCCACCAAUGGCAAGUGAUGAAUCAGAACAAUUAACGAACAAAUUAGAAACGAAUUGGAACGAAGAGUUAAGACAAUGUACAGAGAAGAAUAAAAUACGUCAAGAGAACACAGCCAAAAAAUAUAAACCAUUAAAACCGAGUCUCACAAAAGCUAUAUUCAAAACAUUCUGGCUUCGUUACUUUAUUAUCGGAAUAUUCUCACUUAUUCAAACAGCAGUUCUACGGAAUUUUCAGCCUAUAUUUCAAAGUUUAGUUGUUGAAUAUUUCAACGAAAAUGAUAAUAAUCCGAUGACACAAAAUGAAGUAUUGGGUUAUGCUGCUGGUCUUGUUGUUAUAACGUUUGCAGCGACGUUUAUAUUACAUCAUGCUUUUUUAGACAGUCAACAAAUUGGAAUGAGGGUCAGAGUUGCUUGUAGUUCACUUAUUUAUCGAAAGAGCUUGAAACUGAGUAAAGCGUCACUAGACAACACAGCAGCUGGUCAAGUAGUAAAUCUAAUAGGCAAUGAUGUACUUCGAUUUGAUCUGAUAUUUCUAUACCUUAAUUACAUAUGGAUUAUGCCCAUCCAGUUAGUUGUAGUUGGAUACAUCAUGUGGCAAAGCAUCAGAAUCUAUUCCCUAGUAGCCCUAGGAAGUCUUAUCAUCCUGACUAUUCCAGUCCAAACCUAUCUCUCAAAAAUAAGUGGCAACUUACGUGCUCUGAUAGCCAGGCUAACUGAUAGAAGAGUCCAAUUGAUGAGUGAACUAAUAGCUGGUAUCCAAGUGGUAAAGAUGUAUGCAUGGGAGAAACCAUUCAGCAAGAUAGUAUCUCAAACAAGGAAACUAGAGAUGGACAAGAUUCAUAAAUCGUCAAAUAUUCGUGGAUUUUAUACUUCAUUAUUUGUGAUAACUGAAAGAUUUACAUUAUUUUUAACUGUUGUUUCAUUUAUUGCUGCUGGGAAUUCAAUGACUGCUGAUAUUGUUUUUCAACUUUCAAGUUAUUUUAAUAUUCUACAAAUGGUGAUGGCCAUUUUUUUCCCUCUUGCUAUUAUUCUGGCUAGAGAAGCUUGGAUUUCUAUCAAAAGAAUCGAGGAGUUCUUGUUACUUGAUGAAAUAAAAAAAACCAUUGAAGAUCCAAAAAAAGUAAUCAAAUCAAUUAAACCUUAUCAAUUAAAGUCAGCCAAUACCACCACAUCAAAUGCAGUUUACAUUGAAUUAAAUCGAGUCUCAGCAAAUUGGAUAAGUGGCCAACUACCAGCAACACUCAAUGACGUAUCAUUAAAAAUAAAAAAGGGAGAACUAUGUGGUCUAGUGGGACCAGUUGGUUCUGGUAAAUCAUCACUACUAAACCUACUUCUUCAAGAACUUCCAGUUGGCUCUGGAGUAGUUGGACUAUUUCAACACAGUAAUGAACAAGAUAUUGAUUUACAAUCAAAGCGAGGGUUUUUCCAGGAUAAUUCUGGACUCAAGAUAUCAUAUGCUAGUCAAGAUCCUUGGCUUUUCACUGCUACAGUACGAGAGAAUAUUCUUUUUGGGCAGGAUUAUGAUCAAGUACGAUACCAAGAGGUAACAAAAGCAUGUUCUCUGAUAAGAGAUUUAAAACAAUUUCCUAAUGGAGAUAUGACAAUAGUUGGUGAAAGAGGAGCAUCAUUAUCGGGCGGACAGAGAGCAAGGAUCAAUCUAGCUAGAGCUAUCUACCGACAAGCUGAUGUUUAUCUUCUUGAUGAUCCCCUGAGUGCUGUGGAUGCUAAAGUAGCAAGACGUUUGUUCAAAGACUGUAUUCUCAAAUAUCUCAGUGGAAAAACUAGAAUUGUAGCUACUCAUCAGAUCCAUCAUCUUAAAAAGGCUGACAUUAUUGCUGUCAUGGAUAGAGGAAUGAUUAGAGCGCAAGGAAACUUUGAAAUCUUAACAAAAACCAGUGUAGAAUUCAAUGACAUGCUGAAUCGUCUGAAAGAUGAAGAAAAAGAUGACGAAGAUGUAGAAGUGAAUGAGUUUAAUGACAAAGAACAGUUUCAGGAGAAAAACUACUUUUUUAGAAGGAUAUCAACCAGAAAUUCUAGAGUUUCUGUCAGAUCUCAAGAUAGUUAUCAAUUUAUGACAUUCGAAGAAUCAUCCAAAGCAGAACAAGAAGCUCAAGAUAGUAUAGAAUCUGAACCCAUGGAAACUGGAAAGAUCUCCAAUAAAGUCUACUUCAAGUAUUUCAGAUCAGGUGAAAGUGUUAUUAGUCUCAUCUGCUUCAUUUCUAUUUACGUGAUAUCCCAGGUAGCAACUAGUGGAGCUGACUAUUGGUUAACAUAUUGGACCAACUUGGAGUCAAUAAAAACUUGUCUGAACAACUCCCAGCGAGCUUGCAAAUAUACCAAAAGCCAAUAUGAUGCACUAGUCAAUACUCCAUUAUUCACAUCACUACCGUUUCUUGAUGAAAAGGGGUACCUACAUACAACCCAUGCUAUUUAUAUUUAUACAGUUUGUAUAGUCACUUGUAUUAUUUCCAUUAUAUGGAGAAGUUUGUACUUUAUGAGAAUCUGCACCAACGCCAGUCAAAAUCUUCAUGAUAACAUGUUUAUUAAUAUUCUUCAGACUACGAUGUAUUUUUUCAAUACUAAUCCGUCAGGAAGAAUUUUAAAUCGAUUUUCAAAAGAUACAGGAACAAUGGAUGAAAUAUUGUCACGUGCAAUGUUAGAAGGAGUUCAAAUAUUUGCAGUGAUGACAGGAAUUUUAAUAUUAAUUAUCGUCGUUAAUGUAUGGAUGAUAAUACCAAUACUAAUUAUAGGGAUAUUCUUUUUUAUUUCACGUGAUUAUUAUUUACGUACUGCUCAAGAUAUCAAAAGAUUGGAAGGAAUUGCAAAAAGUCCAGUAUUUUCGCACAUAACAGCAACCCUAAAUGGUUUAACAACAGUUCGAAGUAGUGGUCAUGAAGUAGAAGUGAUGUUACGUAAAAGAUUCGACCAGUUCCAAGAUGCUCAUUCAGGAGCUUGGUACUUACUCAUAGCAACCUCAACUGCCUUUGGAUUCGCUGUGGACAUUGUUUCAUGUAUAUUUGUAUGCUGUGUUUGCUUUUCACUUAUUAGUAUUGGUCCUGAAAAUAUGACUGGAGCUGCUGUUGGUCUAGCAAUAUCUCAAGCUUUAAUUUUAACAGGAAUGGUUCAAUAUGGAGUAAAACAAAGUACUGAAGUGCAAGCUCAAAUGACGAGUGUCGAAAGAAUAUUAGAAUACACUAAUUUACCUAAAGAAGAUUCGGGAAAUACUCAACCAGCACCAGAAAGUUGGCCUUCUGAAGGAAGAAUUGAAUUUAAAAGUGUCUUUCUGAGCUAUAAAAAAGAUGAUCCGGCAGUAUUAAAGGACAUAAACUUGGUGAUAGAAUCAGGCUGGAAAGUAGGAGUCGUAGGUAGAACAGGCGCAGGAAAAUCAUCACUAAUAACAGCUCUAUUUCGUCUGGCGAAUGAUGGACUAGUUGGAAAAAUAAUAAUAGAUGGUGUUGAUACGAAAGAUAUUAAUUUAGAUGAUCUCAGGUCAAAUUUAUCAAUAAUACCUCAGGAACCAGUUCUAUUCUCUGAAACUCUACGUUAUAAUCUUGAUCCUUUCGGCAAAUAUACCGAUGAUGUGAUAUGGGAUGCACUUAAAGAAGUUGAACUGAGUGAUUUAAUUCUUGAUCAAAAGGUCACUGAAGGUGGUACCAAUUUUAGUGUUGGUCAGAGACAGUUAAUUUGUCUUGCUAGAGCUUUGUUGAGGAAUAAUAAGAUUUUAGUACUUGAUGAAGCUACUGCUAAUAUUGAUUCACGGACUGAUGCUUUAAUUCAAAGAGCAAUUCGUUCUAAAUUCAGUAAUUAUACAGUAAUUACAGUAGCACAUCGAUUAAAUACUAUCAUUGACAGUGAUCGCGUUUUAGUGAUGGAUGAUGGUCGUGUGAAAGAAUUUGACAGCCCUUACAACUUGAUUUACAAGAAAAAAAACAGUCUAUUUUGUCAAAUGAUUGAGCAAACUGGUAGUGUAAUGGCAGAAAAACUCUGCAAAGAAGCAGCUAUGCAUCAUCGUCAGAAGAUUCAAUCUCAAAAUAAUCUAAAUGAAGCAAUAACUAGUGAUAUUAUUCAAGAUGAUCAUGAAGAUUUAGAUGGCACUAUUGAAAGUAGUAUUCAACUUUAAUAAAA